UUAUAUUUGUUGUGUGCAAAAUAAUUUGUAAGAGUUGUUUUUUUUAAAUUGCGACUAAAAUAACUAGAAGUAGAUCGAGAGAAGCACGCGAAUAUGGAUUUCGGUGAAAGUUCAUACCAGGAAUUCUUCGAUAAGUUGCGCAGCACAACGGGUCCAAAUAACUUGAGACGCAUAUUCGAGGACGAUCAGAGGGGAUUGCAACACGAAUCCAACUCGUUGCGCUAUCAGCCACAGUUACAGUCGCCGCGCAUUCCACAGCAACAGCCACAACAGUCCCAUAAUGGCCGAGGCGAUGGCACUGAAUUAGCUGCUGGCCCUGGAGCGGCCACCACAGAAUCGGCUAGGACUCAGUCGAGCGGAGCAAAUGCACAAGGCACGCCGAUAUCGACAGCUCACUACAUUCCGGAGGACGCACCUCGUGGCUCCGGCUCCUCAGCCGUGCAUUGGACAACAGUGAUUGCCAAGGUGGCGUAUGGCUUCAAUGGCAGUGACAACGUUGGACGCGUAGGUGUGGCUCUCUCAAGGCACAUGAACACCUCCGCUAUGAAGCUGAUCAUAUACAAGUCGAAGCAAGAGGUGUACGGAAUUUUGCGCCUUAUUGCUAACGACACAUCGGCCAGUCGCGCGUGCGUUAUAUUGCGUGAGUCCUAUAUGCAAUUCUAUGACGAUCAGCAGCACUUUUGGAGCGUUCGCUUCGACAGCCACCAGGACGAAAAGGACUUCACCAAGGCUAUGCGUCUGUUCGGUCUGCUUGUAGAGAAAGUCGACACUGUUCGCCGGUCGAGCAGCCCCCAUACCAUUUCAUCAAGCGUCUCAAUCUCUUUAAUGACCUUGACAGCCGCGGCGGAGCAAGUCCUGGGCGGAUCGGUGACACAAGACUCUGGCGCUCAGUCGCAGCGCCCAUCGCUUCAUCGCGCUGGUCGUGGCGAGGCUGUUUCGGCGGCCACAUCGGUGACUGAGUCCGUCUCCGAUACCAGUGAGAAUGAUGACGACGAUGAUGUGGAGGACAUAUUGGUCACUCCAGCUGCCAAAGCGGCUCUGUCACACAGUAGCUCCAGCCAGGCCCUGGUGCCGGUGCUCAGUAGCAGCAACAGCAAUGCUAAUAUAUCGUUGGCGGUGAGCUCGACCAACACUAGUCGCAACUCCGCGGAGAAGAUCGAGGCCUACUUGGACGAGCAACGCGCCUCGGGGCAAUUGAUGGAGAGGAAGAUGGAUUCUAUACUGGAUGCCAUGAAGCGCUUGAUGAGCACCCACAACGCUCAGGAGCAGGUAGCUCUGUCGGCUGAUGAAACGUCAACUACAAUAGAUAUGUCUGAGAAGGACAAAGAAGAUGAGCUCCUGGACUUGGAACAAAAGUUGCUCAACUUUAAGAAGGAGAAUCGUCGACUCAUUAAGAAUCUGAAGGCGAAGGAGCAGGCCCUUCUCGACCUGCGCACCUCCACAUGCGCUCUCUGCGAAGAUCUUCUGGCCCAAAACAAUGAUCUGAAGAAACAGAACUCAACCCUCUUGUCGACCAUGAAUGCCCAUUUGCAUGGCAAGGGCAUCAACAUGAAUUUACAAUCCAGAGCUCCGUGCACUCAGUGCGAGCAGGCAACUGCCAAGAUCAUCAUGCUGGAGCGUCGUGUGACAGCGUUACAAAACGCUUUGCUCACUUGUACCUCGAAUUUUGGGAAUACUGGGAAUACAACCAAAACCACAACCACUACCACAACAACCGCUGCAACCACUGCGACUCCAUCAACCAUCAUGUGAUGAUGAUUACAAAAACAACGCCAAACAUCUGCCAUAGAUACCCGGGCUGUAUUAUUAGUUGUAAGCCUGAAUUCUUCAGUUUUAAGAAACGUUGUCAAGGCAUCGUGUGUGAUUGGUUGUGAAAGGGCGGAGGUCAGUGAGAAGGAGGGGGAUCUUAUACUUAAAUCUAGCAUUAGUCGUGACAAAUACCAAAUCAUAUUGUACCUAAGUGAACCUUUUAGGUAAUCUGUAAUUUUCGAAACACACAUAGAUUCCAAAUUUGUUUCAAUAUCCAACGGCACGAAUUGUUCACAUUUUCUCCAUUCAUUUCCGGACGACAAACACAAACUUGCGCAUAAGAACGUGAUAUAAUAGUUAACUAGAAUACGGCGAUUUUCAUUUCAAUCAUACGAUAUGAAUUCGUGACUAACAUUCAAUAUGUUUGUAUAGGACAUUCCAAAUUUUAUUUAUUUGUUUUUGUUUUUUUUUUUUCGGACGAUCUAACCAAAUUGCCGCUUAAGGCAGUGAUAUAAGAAAAUGGCACACAAAUUGAAUAUUUCAUAGAGACGCAUAGCUCUUUAAAUUGUUAAGUAAGUGAGGCAUGAAACACAUAAUACACAUAAUAUUUAGGUUCCAUUCAAUACUUUUGGCACACUGCCGUAGUUUCAAUCAUAACAUUGUAAUAUCAACAAAUAAAAUUUGUUAAUAACAACAUACCGAAGAAAAUGAAAUCGUUAGUUCUGUAUUGCAAUUGUCUUAGUUGCCACAAGAAUGUUCAUUUUAAAAAGUUCAUAUCCGCCCAUAAUUUAAGCAAAGUGCAUCAUUGCAUUGCAUUUUGGGCCAAUUAAUAUUAUAAGUAGGAUAUAUACAUAUGAUAAAUAAUGUUUCAUACUGACUAUAACACAAUAAAGAUCCAGUUUCUUCCACACAAAA